CCUUCACUCCUGCAUACACUACUUUUGUUUUCACUCCGAUCUCCAUACUUUUUAAUCUGUUGAUUCUCCUUUCCACUCAGAAUCAUGGGCAAGGUUAAGAUCGGGAUCAAUGGAUUUGGAAGGAUCGGUCGCCUGGUUGCUCGAGUGGCCUUGCAGAGUGAUGAUAUUGAACUCGUUGCUGUCAAUGAUCCGUUCAUCACCACUGAUUACAUGACCUACAUGUUCAAGUACGAUAGUGUACACGGCCAAUGGAAGCACCAUGAUAUUAAGGUUAAGGACGAGAAGACUCUUCUCUUUGGUGGAAAAGCAGUCACCGUUUUCGGUAUUAGGAACCCAGAGGAGAUCCCAUGGGGACAGGCUGGAGCUGAUUAUGUUGUUGAAUCCACUGGAGUUUUCACUGACAAGGACAAGGCUGCUGCUCAUUUGAAGGGUGGUGCAAAGAAGGUUAUCAUCUCCGCACCAAGCAAGGAUGCCCCAAUGUUUGUUGUGGGUGUCAAUGAGAAGGAGUACAAGUCAGAUCUCAACAUUGUUUCCAACGCUAGUUGUACCACCAACUGUCUUGCUCCAUUAGCAAAGGUCAUCAACGACCGAUUUGGUAUUGUUGAGGGUCUCAUGACCACUGUCCACUCCAUUACUGCAACCCAGAAGACUGUUGAUGGACCUUCAAUGAAAGACUGGAGAGGUGGAAGAGCCGCUUCCUUCAACAUCAUUCCCAGCAGCACUGGAGCUGCCAAGGCCGUCGGCAAAGUGCUGCCUGCUCUAAAUGGCAAGUUGACCGGAAUGGCUUUCCGUGUUCCGACUGUCGAUGUCUCAGUCGUCGACCUUACUGUUAGGCUUGAAAAGAAGGCCACUUACGAUGAUAUUAAAGCUGCGAUCAAGGAAGAAUCUGAGGGCAAGUUGAAGGGAAUUCUUGGGUACACAGAGGAUGAUGUUGUUUCAACCGACUUUGUUGGUGACAGCAGGUCAAGCAUUUUUGAUGCCAAGGCCGGCAUUGCCUUGAACGACAACUUUGUGAAACUCGUCACUUGGUAUGAUAACGAGUGGGGAUACAGUUCACGUGUGAUCGACUUGAUCCGUCACAUUAGCUCAGUUUAGGAAGAGAUUUCUGAUGAUGCCUGGCGCUGGUUUUUGAAUUAUGGAGUUUCUCAGUUAUUAGGCCCUGUUAUUUGUAGCAGGGAGUUUUAAUUUUUAGCGUUGAGUUUGAAUAAUUGGAGGUUGGCGGAAGAAAGUUUUGUUGGAACUUCGUACUUGUACCCAUCCAUUCUCUUUUUCAGGGAAUUAAAUUCGAACGCCUGUUAUUUUUUUCCCUUCAAAUGAAAAGUUGAUACUUUUCUUGGGUUUA